AUGUUGUUAGUAUUUGACGAAAGACGCAAAACCGAGCCAAAAUCAAUAUUUAAGUGCCGCACUUUUAGUAUGAUUGUUAUACUUAUUAUUUUAGGAUCAUACACAACGCGUCUUACAUAUGACAUCGUUAAAGAUACUCCAGUCGUAACUACCAAGUUAAAAACAACAACUGACAUGAAACUUCCAAGCGUGGCUAUUGCAUUUCAAUACAAAUACACCAUAAGCUGCGUUUUACAGUAUAGAACAACUGCUUCAACAAUAGAUGAGUGCUCCAAGUAUAUUACACAACCAACGCCAGCAGACUAUGGUGUUUAUGUAGGUCUCUUUACGCCUCCUCUGAGUUUAAAAGUAAUACCGAGUGAAAGUCAACAAGAAGGAGUUCGGGGAGUAUUGCUUAAAAUGACUGUUAACGAUGCAAAUUUCUCUCUUGCUGAUAUUAAUAUUUAUCGAAUAUUACUUCGACUCAUUGACACUGAAACCUAUGUAAACACAAACAAUGAGACAAUUAAUGAAGUCAGAAACAUUGAUUCAACGUUUGUCGAUUCUAUAUUGAAACAAACGCAAUAUAUAAUUUUUUACCACCAAGCUAAUUACUUGACUUACUCUGAAAAUGAGAGAAUAAUUAUUAAACCCAAUAUAUUAGCUGCCAUUGGUUUCUCGCAAACUAUUCGUAUACCUUAUUUGACUACCGCAUUGACGAGCGGUCCUUUGGCUGAAGAUUAUAGCACAAUAAAACCAAAUGUAUACGGAACAGUAAAUAUAAGUCCUAAUAGUUUUCUUAACAAACACGUGCUCGGUUCAUUGGGUCUGCUUGGUGGUGCGUGGAGCUUAGCCAUAACAGCAUACACUAGUUUAUUUGGCAGUAAACUUUUAACACCAUGGGGUAUAAUCCAUUCAUACUGUUGCUGCUUUGUCCGAUCAACUCGUCCGCGACUUGGUGAAUUAUUUCCCGUACUACCAUUACAAUCUUCCAGAUUAUUGGAUAAUUCAUCGACACUGGAUGUAUUAACUUCAUCAAGUAAUUUAUCCUUUCAAGAUAAUAGGACGUUACAACAGCGACUAGACGCUUUGGAAUUGUUUCUCAAGGAUUAUGUGGUCGACCAAAAAUAUUUGGAACAUUUGAAUGCUAAAAAACAUUCUAACAAAAUUAGCGAAUUUUUGGGAACUUGGACUUGGAAAGGUCGAAAGAAAAAUAAUUCUAUUACAAACAACACUACUUCAACACCACUAGUUUCUUCUACAGAAAGUGACUCUAAUACAAUCGACACCAGUACAGUUGACAUCACUCAAUUACAAUAA